CCUUGAAAGACUAAAAAUAAAAUAGUACCAGUAAAUAGAGACUUUUCAGGAAGUGUCCGAGGCGGAGGAGUCGACAGUUCAUUCUAGCUAGAAAGUAAACAACUAGUUAGAUACACAGCUAAGGGCAUGAACGGAUAUAAGGACAUGAACGGAUAGCAACUGUGUAUCACGAAGAUUGGAUCGCGAUUCAAACUGCGGGACUGUAAUGCCUGGUAAGUUUGUCACAAAACUAAACAAACGAUUGCCUAGCCGCUAACGUUAGCUCGUUAACUUUCCCUACCUAUGCAAGCGAGAGAGCUGGCUAGCUCGCUAAUUAACGUUACCUAUCUAAAAACAAUAACAUUUGAUAAUCGACGAUGGUCAGUCAGCCACAAAGCUGACUAGUCAAAAACAAAUAAACUGAGGUUAGUUUGCGUUUUUCACAUUAGAUCGCGAAGUUAUGCGAUUUUCCAUUGUAUCUGGAGGCACUUUCCCCCCUACGCAGGGUCCCGUGAUGCCCAGUCAUCUAUUCAUACCACCUACCGACACCAAAGUUUACAAACGCUUUCACAUCGAGACAAAAUUAGUUACUUUCAGAUGGCCAACUAAAUCCAAGCGCGGUUGACUAAAAUACCAUGUAAAGUGAACAAACCUAACUUAGUCUACAAGUUUUACUUUCAUUAUCUAGCUGCGGCAACUGCCUGCAUUGUUGGAAUGUGAAAGUUUGUUGUCAAGUUAUUUGCAGUGAGCUGUCAAGAUGGUGAUUCAACGUGAUUUACAGCAAAAAAACCUUUAGCUUAGUUUUUCAGAGAUGAAACUGUUUUGGCUGAUGAUACAUUUCUCAAAAAGGUGUGCCCUAAUAUGCAUUCGUCCUUUUUACAGUUACCCUUUUUACUCUUGGUAGGUAGUGGGGGAAAGUGAAGUCAUGAUGUUUCAAUUUGAGAGUAAGGUGGUGAGAGUCAUAUGACAAAACAAGGCAGCUGAGGUUUGGCAGACACUGGUAGGGCCCUAUAAAAUAUCUGUUGCAAAAACGCGGACGGAAUCCAGACAUUAAAACGGAAUUAAACAAUAUUCAAAAAUGUAUUGGAAUUUAGUAGGAAAUAAACAAUGUAUUUAACAUUUUCUUGCAACUUUCUGAAACGGCUCAGGAAUGCCCCUGUCUGUAUGUGUGUGUAUGUCUAGUCUACACCUUGUGUGGCCGUUAACUAUAAUGAUACUAAUGAUAACCGUCUCGUCCGUCUGCUGGUAGAUGGAAUGGCUUCCCCAAAAACCUUCUCAAUUCAUGUUAACUUGAAAGUAGCCUAUUUGUACGUGACUAGUAUUACUAGAGAACGUUGGUUAUGUAAUUAUUACCCCAGAAUGUAUGUUAUUCCAGAAGACAAUUCGGACGGGAUGAGUUUUUUUUCCCAAACUGCCCCUUGUAAAUCUUUAUUUUUUUUGUUUUCUAAAAGUUUAGGUCAGUUGUGUGCUGCUUUGCGAUCUAUUAACAGCAAGGGUUGAUUUAAAUAUGCGCAGUAUUUUUUUAUGGUGCAUUUGCAAUAUUCAAUUAAUACGCACAAAACAUAGAAACACAAGCCUUCACUGUGAAAGUUGAUACAUGUAGGCCGUUCAUAUCUAGUUUAUGCGCAGCACUUCGUUCAAUUUAGCGAAUCAGUUAUUGUUUUCUUUCUCAAACCGAGAGCAACACCUGUCAAUCUCUGACAUUAUCUCUCAAAACACAGGGACGUCGAUUCGCACGGGACUAAUAUUAUCAGAGGAACUUGGGAGUUCGCCAAAAAAAACUGUAGGUUAUUCUGGCUGGAAUUGUUAGUCUCCUGCCAUGUAAGAAUUACUGCCGUGGCAGAUUCGGACGGGAUUUAAAUUAGAGAUGUGGUGUUUUGUGGUCGUGCACAUAAUUACAUUACCCGACCUCCCACAGUAAAACUAAUCUCGGGAUGGGAUACAUUUUACUGGGCAGGUAAUGUAGAUAUGUGCGCGAAUAAAACCACAUCCGUCAUUUUAGUCCCGUCCGAAUUUGCCUUGGCAGUAAUUUUUACUAUUAUCCCAGCCCUAAAAACCUACAGUUUUUCGGCAAACUCCCAGGUCCUCUGAUAAUACUUAUCCCGUGCGAAUCGUCACCCCUGUGUUUUUAAGGGAUAUUACAGAGUUUAACAGGUGCUUCACCCAGUUUGGGUAAGAACAUGGGGAACAAAUUGAUACUUAAAACAAAGUGUUAUGCAGGUAGCCUACAGCUGAAUGAUUUGUUUUGUCACAUAUCUAGAGCCAUACUUCUCUUUUUAAAAGAUGAAGUGGACGAUAUUGUGCCAAUGAAUUGAUAAAUUGCCAAAUGCGUCAGUUAUUUAAAUGUCUGCAUACGUUACAGUUCAUGGUUCUUAUUGAUAUGCAUUAUUUAGACUUUCUCCGAACUGAAGGCCAUUAUGCCAAUAUUAGGCUAUCCCUAGACAUUUUAAAUAUUUUCACGCCUUGGAGAGCCUCCAGGUUUCAUAAAGGUCCAUUUUGAAUGAGGGGAGAAAAAAACAUUUACAGGGGCAGUUUGAUAAAACUAAUCCCGUCUGAAUCAUCCACUGGAAAAACAUUUACAUUUUUUUCCAUUUUAGUCAUUUAGCAGACGCUCUUAUCCAGAGCGACAUACAGGAGCAAUUAGGGUUAAGUGCCUUACUUAAGGGCACAUCGACAGAUUUUUCACCUAGUCGGCUCGGGGAUUAGAACCAGCGACCUUUCGUUACUGGCUCAACGCUCUUACCCACUAAGCUACCUGCUUAUUACUGGGGUAAUAAUUACAUAACCGACGUUCCAUAGUAAUUCUAGCCCCGUGUGAAUAGGGCUUUGGGCUGUAAUACCUGGCGCAAAUGAGCCAUUUAUAACGGUUUGUGUUCUUAACAUCUGGCACAUAAUAACAGCACAAUUGCCAGAAAAUAGCCUAACAUUAGUUUUUUUUAUGUUCAUCCAAGUGUUUCUUGCUCAUAGAUUUCGAGAUCCUCUGUCCUACUUUCAUCACUCAAACUCUCCUAUAUAGUUAUGCACAUGCGCAGAGGGGAUUUAUUUACAAUUAUAAACCUCCUUCUAAGCCCCGAAUGCUGAUUUGGCUGAAAGCCGUGGUAUAUCAGACCAUAUACCAUGGGUAUGACAAAAAAUAUUUUUUACUGUUCUAAUUACGUUGGUAACCAGUUUGUAACAGCAAUAAGGAACCCCGGGGGAUUGUGGUAUAUGGCCAAUAUACCACGGCUAAGGGCUGUAUCCAGGCACUCUGUGUUGCCUCAUGCUUAAGAACAGCCCUUAGCCGUGGUAUAUUGGCCAUAUACCAUACUCCCUUGUGCCUUAUUGCUUAAUCAUAGCAGUCAACCAAGUUAAAUCGAAAUCCAUUUAUGGAAAAUGAUCUAGCAAGUUUAAUUAGAUCAAAUUAUAUUUUCUCUUGCGACAUAUUCAAAUUCCUUUAUUAUGUCAUGUCAUAGCUCUCAAUGUUUGUUUUUUUAGCCCACACUAGGUAGCUGAGGGUUAGCCAACACGAGGUAGCUGAGGGUUAGCCCACACUAGGUAGCUGAGGGUUAGCCCACACUAGGUAGCUGAGGGUUAGCCCACACUAGGUAGCUGAGGGUUAGCCAACACGAGGUAGCUGAGGGUUAGCCCACACUAGGUAGCUGAGGGUUAGCCAACACGAGGUAGCUGAGGGUUAGCCCACACUAGGUAGCUGAGGCUAGCUGAGGGUUAGCCAACACGAGGUAGCUGAGGGUUAGCCAACACGAGGUAGCUGAGGGUUAGCCCACACUAGGUAGCUGAGGGUUAGCCCACACUAGGUAGCUGAGGGUUAGCCAACACGAGGUAGCUGAGGCUAGCUGAGGGUUAGCCAACACGAGGUAGCUGAGGGUUAGCCAACACGAGGUAGCUGAGGGUUAGCCCACACUAGGUAGCUGAGGGUUAGCCCACACUAGGUAGCUGAGGGUUAGCCAACACGAGGUAGCUGAGGCUAGCUGAGGGUUAGCCAACACGAGGUAGCUGAGGGUUAGCCAACACGAGGUAGCUGAGGGUUAGCCCACACUAGGUAGCUGAGGGUUAGCCAACACGAGGUAGCUGAGGGUUAGCCCACACUAGGUAGCUGAGGGUUAGCCAACACGAGGUAGCUGAGGCUAGCUGAGGGUUAGCCAACACGAGGUAGCUGAGGGUUAGCCAACACGAGGUAGCUGAGGCUAGCUGAGGGUUAGCCCACACUAGGUAGCUGAGGGUAGCUGAGGGUUAGCCAACACUAGGUAGCUGAGGGUAGCUGAGGGUUAGCCAACACUAGGUAGCUGAGGGUUAGCCAACACGAGGUAGCUGAGGGUAGCUGAGGGUUAGCCAACACUAGGUAGCUGAGGGUUAGCCAACUCUACGCAACUAAUGAAUGAGGAGCAGACAGCAGGCUAGCUGAGCUGCAUCUUUACAAUUUAUACAGGAUGAUACAUUUCUCAGAUUAAAUGGGCCUAGCUACAACAAAACAGUGUUUUGUCUCUGCAUUCUGUAUGACAGAAUUACAUUUUGGUUUGAUUAGACCCUGAUAGUCAGUCUUCUAGAAAUGCCAUUCUCUCUCUCUAAUUCCCUCCCUCCCUCCUCCCUCCCUCUAUCCCCUUCUCUCUCUCUCUCAUUCCCUCCCUCCCUCCUCCCUCCCUCUAUCCCCUUCUCUCUCUCUCUCAUUCCCUCCCUCCCUCCUCCCUCCCUCUAUCCCCUUCUCUCUAUCCCCUUCUCUCUAUCCCCUUCUCUCUAUCCCCUUCUCUCUAUCCCCUCCCUCUAUCCCUCCUCCCUCCCUCUAUCCCCUUCUCUCUAUCUCAUUCUCUCUAUCCCCUUCUCUCUGUCCCCUUCUCUCUAUCCCCUCCCUCCCCCCUCCCUCCUCCCUCCCUCCCUCCCUCCCUCCCUCCCUCCCUCUAUCCCCUUCUCUCUCUCUCUCAUUUCCUCCCUCCCUCCUCACUCCCUCUAUCCCCUUCUCUCUCUCUCAUUCCCUCCCUCCCUCCUCCCUCCCUCCUCCUCCCUCCCUCUAUCCCCUUCUCUCUCUCUCAUUCCCUCCCUCCCUCCUCCCUCCCUCCUCCCUCCUUCUAUCCCCUUCUCUCUCUCUAAUUCCCUCCCUCCCUCCUCACUCCCUCUAUCCCCUUCUCUGUCUCUCAUUUCCUCCCUCCCUCCUCACUCCCUCUAUCCCCUCCUCUCUCUCUCAUUCCCUCACUCCCUCCCUCUAUCCCCUUCUCUCUCUCUCUCAUUCCCUCCCUCCCUCCCUCUAUCCCCUUCUCUCUCUCUCAUUCCCUCCCUCCUCCCUCCCUCCAUCCCCUUCUCUCUCUCUCAUUCCAUCCCUCCCUCCUCACUCCCUCUAUUCCCUUCUCUGUCUCUCAUUCCCUCCCUCCCUCUAUCCCCUUCUCUCUCUCUCAUUCCCUCCCUCCCUCCUCCCUCACUCUAUCCCCUUCUCUCUGUCCCCUUCUCUCUAUCCCCUCCCUCUAUCCCUCCUCCCUCUCUCUAUCCCCUUCUCUCUAUCCCCUUCUCUCUAUCCCCUUCUCUCUAUCCCCUUCUCUCUGUCCCCUUCUCUCUAUCCCCUCCCUCCCCCCUCCCCCCUCCUCCCUCCUCCCUCCCUCUAUCCCCUUCUCUCUCUCAUUCCCUCCUCCCUCCCUCUAUCCCAUUCUCUCUGUCCCCUUCUCUCUAUCCCCUUCUCUCUGUCCCCUUCUCUCUAUCCCCUCCCUCUAUCCCUCCUCCCUCUCUCUAUCCCCUUCUCUCUGUCCCCUUCUCUCGAUCCCCUCCCUCCCUCCCUCCCUCUAUCCCCUUCUCUCGAUCCCCUCCCUCCCUCCCUCCCUCCUCCCUCCCUCUAUCCCCUUCUCUCGAUCCCCUCCCUCCCUCCCUCCCUCCUCCCUCCCUCUAUCCCCUUCUCUCUGUCCCUCUCUAAGCUGGUCAGGACCGUAUCCAUGCCCAUGUUAGCUGUAGUACCUGAAGUCCAGAGUCAUGUGCUGGCUGAGUUUGACUGUCUGGACCCCCUGCUGUCUGCACUCCGCCUGGACUCUGGCAGGCUCAAGGUAGGCCAUGCAUGUCCAUUAUCAUUAGUUGAGAAAAGUUAGAGGUUAGACACAAAAUUCAAUUCACAAUUUAUUUAUUUGUUGAAGGAAGAGAUAUCAAGUGGAUUGUAAGGGUUUGUAUUGAAUAAACAAACAAAAAAAAUGUUUUCCAGCUCCUGUGAAUAGUUUGGAUUAGUCUGAUUAAUCAGUCUGUAAUACACAAUUAAUUGAUAUACAGUGGGGGAAAAAAGUAUUUAGUCAGCCACCAAUUGUGCAAGUUCUCCCACUUAAAAAGAUGAGAGAGGCCUGUAAUUUUCAUCAUAGGUACACGUCAACUAUGACAGACAAAAUGAGGAAAAAAAAUCCAGAAAAUCACAUUGUAGGAUUUUUAAUGAAUUUAUUUGCAAAUUAUGGUGGAAAAUAAGUAUUUGGUCAAUAACAAAAGUUUCUCAAUACUUUGUUUUAUACCCUUUGUUGGCAAUGACACAGGUCAAACGUUUUCUGUAAGUCUUCACAAGGUUUUCACACACUGUUGCUGGUAUUUUGGCCCAUUCCUCAUGCAGAUCUCCUCUAGAGCAGUGAUGUUUUGGGGCUGUCGCUGGGCAACACGGACUUUCAACUCCCUCCAAAUAUUUUCUAUGGGGUUGAGAUCUGGAGACUGGCUAGGCCACUCCAGGACCUUGAAAUGCUUCUUACGAAGCCACUCCUUCUUUGCCCGGGCGGUGUGUUUGGGAUCAUUGUCAUGCUGAAAGACCCAGCCACAAUUCAUCUUCAAUGCCCUUGCUGAUGGAAGGAGGUUUUCACUCAAAAUCUCACGAUACAUGGCCCCAUUCAUUCUUUCCUUUACACGGAUCAGUCGUCCUGGUCCCUUUGCAGAAAAACAGCCCCAAAGCAUGAUGUUUCCACCCCCAUGCUUCACAGUAGGUAUGGUGUUCUUUGGAUGCAGCUCAGCAUUAUUUGUCCUCCAAACACGACGAGUUGAGUUUUUACCAAAAAGUUCUAUUUUGGUUUCAUCUGACCAUAUGACAUUCUCCCAAUCCUCUUCUGGAUCAUCCAAAUGCACUCUAGCAAACUUCAGACGGGCCUGGACAUGUACUGGCUUAAGCAGGGGGACACGUCUGGCACUGCAGGAUUUGAGUCCCUGGCGGCGUAGUGUGUUACUGAUGGUAGGCUUUGUUACUUUGGUCCCAGCUCUCUGCAGGUCAUUCACUAGGUCCCCCCGUGUGGUUCUGGGAUUUUUGCUCACCGUUCUUGUGAUCAUUUUGACCCCACGGGGUGAGAUCUUGCGUGGAGCCCCAGAUCGAGGGAGAUUAUCAGUGGUCUUGUAUGUCUUCCAUUUCCUAAUAAUUGCUCCCACAGUUGAUUUCUUCAAACCAAGCUGCUUACCUAUUGCAGAUUCAGUCUUCCCAGCCUGGUGCAGGUCUACAAUUUUGUUUCUGGUGUCCUUUGACAGCUCUUUGGUCUUGGCCAUAGUGGAGUUUGGAGUGUGACUGUUUGAGGUUGUGGACAGGUGUCUUUUAUACUGAUAACAAGUUCAAACAGGUGCCAUUAAUACAGGUAACGAGUGGAGGACAGAGGAGCCUCUUAAAGAAGAAGUUACAGGUCUGUGAGAGCCAGAAAUCUUGCUUGUUUGUAGGUGACCAAAUACUUAUUUUCCACCAUAAUUUGCAAAUAAAUUCAUUAAAAAUCCUACAAUGUGAUUUUCUGGAUUUUCUUUCCUCAAUUUGUCUGUCGUAGUUGACGUGUACCUAUGAUGGAAAUUACAGGCCUCUCUCAUCUUUUUAAUUGGGAGAACUUGCACAAUUGGUGGCUGACUAAAUACUUUUUUUCCCCACUGUAUACAGCCUGGCACAUUGGAGUGCAAAAUCGUGUAAAUGUUCGUUACAAGCCAGAAUGUUGAAUUUACAAUUUAAACUUACUCUACCGGUUGUCUGUGCGGUUUGUCCUUCAGCUUCUCGAAAUUUGAGACAAAAUAUCCACAGGAAUGUUUUUAGACAGCCGGUAGGUUUAUGGUUCUGUCGGCUUGCAUUUCCGGUGUGUAUUUGCAAUCUACUGACGCAUGCGACGUAAACACUUGCACAAUAUGUAAACGAUAGCCGAGUGUAACCCAACCACAGACCGAAAGUUGCUCGCAUUCAGCUGGCAGUGGCAAACCUACCGGCUCUCUAAAAAGUUUUGCAAAUAAUACCUUCCUGCGGAUAUUUUGUCUCAAAUUUCAAACAGCUGGAGGACAAACCACACAGACAACCGAUAGAGUAAGUUUAAAUGUAAUUUUAUUCAACAUUCCAACUUUUAAGGAACAUUUACACAGUUUUACUCUCCAAUGUGCCAGGCUAUAUACACUACAAGUCAAACGUUUGGACACACCUACUCAUUCAAGGUUUUGUUAUAUUGAAGAAAUUUAAACUAUGAAAUAACACAUAUGGAAUCAUGUAGUAAACAAAAAAAGUGUUAAACAAAUCAAAGUAUAUUUUAUAUUUGAGAAUCUUCAAAUAGCCACCCCGUUGCCUUGAUGACAGCUUUGCACACUCUUGGCAUUCUCUCAACCAGCUUCACCUGGAAUGCUUUUACAACAGUAUUGAAGGAGUUCCCACAUAUGCUGAGCACUUAUUGGCUGCUUUUCCUUCACUCUGCGGUCCGACUCAUCCCAAACCAUCUCAAUUGGGUUGAGGUCGGGGGAUUGUGGAGGCCAAGUCAUCUGAUGCAGCACUCCAUCACUCUCCUUCUUGGACAGAUAGCCCUUACACAGCCUGGAGGUGUGUUGAGUCAUUGUCCUGUUGAAAAACAAAUGAUAGUCCCACUAAGCCCAAACCAGAUGGGAUGGUGUAUCGCUGCAGAAUGCUGUGGUGGCCAUGCUGGUUAAGUGUGCCUUGAAUUCUAAUUAAAUCACAGACAGUGUCACCAGCAAAGCACCCCCACACCAUAACACCUCCUCCUCCAUGCUUCACGGUGGGAAAUACACAUGUGGAGAUCAUCCGUUCACCCACACCGCGUCUCACAAAGACACGGCGGUUGGAACCAAAAAUCUCCAAUUUGGAUUCCAGACCAAAGGACACAUUUCCACCAAUCUAAUGUCCAUUGCUCAUGUUUCUUGGCCCAAUCAGGUCUCUUCUUCUUAUUGGUGUCCUUUAGUAGUGGUUUCUUUGCAGCAAUUUGACCAUGAAGGCCUGAUUCACACAGUCCCCUCUGAACAGUUGAUGUUAAGAUGUGUCUGUUACUUGAACUCUGUUGGGCUGCAUAUUCUGAGGCUGGUAACUCUAAUGAACUUAUCCUCUGCAGCAGAGUUAACUCUGGGUCUUCCAUUCCUGUCGGGGUCCUCAUGAGAGCCAGUUUCAUCAUAGCGCUUGAUGGUUUUUGCGACUGCACUUGAAUACAUUUUCAAAGUUCUUGAAAUGUUCCGUAUUGACUGACCUUCAUGUCUUAAAGUAAUGAUGGACUGUCGUUUCUCUUUGCUUAUUUGAGCUGUUCUUGCCAUAAUAUGGACUUGGUCUUUUACCAAAUAGGGCUAUCUUCUGUAUACCCCCCCUACCUUGUCACAACACAACUGAUUGGCUCAAAUGCAUUAAGAAAGAAAGAAAUUCCACAAAUUAACUUUUAAGAAAGUACACCUGUUAAUUGAAAUGCAUUCCAGGUGACUACCUCAUGAAGCUGGUUGAGAGAAUGCCAAGACGGUGCAAAGCUGUCAUCAAGGCAAAGGGUGGCUAUUUGAAGAAUCUGAAGUAUAAAAUAUAUUUGGAUUUUUAAAAACUUUUUUUUGGUUACUACAUGAUUCCAUGUGUGUUAUUUCAUAGUUUUGAUGUCUUCACUAUUAUUCUACAAUGUAGUAAAGUUGAGUAGGUGUGUCCAAACAUUUGACUGGUACUGUAUAUCAAUUAAUUGUUUAUUGCAGCCUGAUUUAAUCAGACCGUUUGGAUGUGUGUUGAAAACCCUCUCCUUUCUUGUCUGUCAGUGCACCUGCCUGGCAGCAUCCAGGAAGUGGCUAGCUUUAGGAACAUCCGCAGGAGGGCUGCAUUUCAUCCAGAGGG